CGAGCGUCGAUGCAAUUGUUACAGGAAAAUUUUUUGACCGAAUUGUUGUUGUUGUUUUUGAAAACACUGGAUAUACUACUGCAAUAGCACAACCUUAUUUGCAAGAUCUAACUAAUCGCACUACUGGUCUCCUUUUUACCAGCUUUUAUGCGAUUGGACAUCCUAAUAGUCCGACUAAUGUUUCAGGAUCUAAUUUAGUUGACCUCCUUGAAGCUAAAGAUGAUCCUACUCGUUGUGCGAAAAUUGUUGAUGGUAACCAGCUUGAUGCUGACAUAAGCGCUAACCAAGUACCACAAUUUGUCUAUUAUGUACCAAAUCAAAAAAAUGAUGCUCAUGACACUAAUAUGACAUUUGCGAUGAAUUGGUUCA